AAAUUAUGAGAUUCAUUUUACUAUGUUUAAUGAUAACAUUUGUAUUGUCUCAUAUCCAGCCAGAUAUUAGAUCAGGAAAAGUUAAAAGCAAAGGAGUAAAUUUAGGUGGAUGGCUAGUAGUUGAACAUUGGAUGACAUCUAGUUCUGUGAUUUGGGAAGGAGUUCCAGAGUAUUAUCAUGGAUAUGGUGAGUAUGGAUUGAUGUCCUAUUUGGGUCACAAUGUUGGAGAUGAUAGAUUUGAAAAGCAUAGAUCGGAGUGGAUCACAGAACAAGACAUUGCAGAAUUGGCGUCAUAUGGAAUUAAUACUGUUAGAGUCUCUAUUGGCUUUUGGAUAGCUGGGUUUGAUAAGACAGGAGGAUCAGAUUGGAAAGUAUUUGCACCUAAUGGUCUCAAGUAUUUAGAUUUAUUAAUCAAAAAUUGGGCUGUCAAACAUAAUGUGGCAGUCCUUGUCCAAAUACAUGCUGCCAAAGGAUCUUAAAAUGGUUUAGAUCAUAGUGCUCCACCUGCUCCUGGUCAAUCUUAUUGGGCCUUGUAUCCUGAAAAUGUCAGAAAUACUGUUGAUUUAGCAGUAUUCUUGGCUGAAAGAUACAAAUAAGAAAUUGCCUUUUUAGGUGUGGGAUUACUAAAUGAACCUUCUGGAACAACGGAUGAAGCAACCCUUAAACAGUAUUAUCUGACUGCAAUUUCAGAAAUCAGAGCAACAGGAAAUGAUUGUAUUCUUACAGUAGCUCCAUUGUUAUAUGAAUAAGAUCCAGAUCAUUUCAAUGACUUUGCUCUGAAAGAAACUCAUGUUUGGUAAGAAUGGCAUAAGUAUUUAAUUUGGGGUUAUGAGGACAUGAAUGAAGAUUAAAUUCUGAAUAUUGGAAUUCCGGGAGUUCAAUAUCAACUCGAUAUUUGGAAAGGAAAUCCAAUUUUCAUUGGAGAAUGGAGUAUUGCCACAACAGGCAACGCACCUUUUGCUAGUGAAGAGAGUUUCAAGGCUUUUGGAAACAAAUAUAGAGAAACUAUUACUUCUGCAAAAGGAGGUUGGACCUAUUGGACUUGGAAGACUUCUUAUGAUGAUACUUCCGAUAUUACUCAAAGGAAUGCCUGGUCUUUAAGAUAACUUCUAAGAAAUGGUUGGUUUACCAUCUGAUAUA